AAUUCACUUUGCAGAGAGAAGUCUGAAAACGCCGAGAAGAAGAAGAAGGAGAAGAAAGCUUGAGACUUUCCUCUCUGCUCAUUUCGAGAUCGAUAAAGACUUCUCUUUUCGGUGCUUAACAAUGACAGCUUUCGUUUUCGUAUAGUUCGAUUUCUCCAAACUGCUCUCUCGAUUCUGUAUCGUAGUCUCCGAUCACCUGAUUUCAUCAAAUGGGAGCUCGUUGCUCUAAGUUCUCAUUCUGCUUGUUCCCUUCUCACUUCAAAUCCGCUUCAGUCCUCGAAUCUCCUGAUCUCGACAAUGGAGGCAAAUCGUGGCCGAGUUUUAAAGAAUUCAAACUGGAGCAGCUGAAAUCUGCUACGGGAGGUUUCUCUUCGGAUAACAUUGUAUCAGAACACGGCGAGAAAGCUCCUAAUGUUGUCUACAGAGGAAGGCUUGAUGAUGGUCGCCUGAUCGCUGUUAAACGAUUCAAUCGCCUCGCUUGGGCUGAUCAUAGACAGUUCCUGGAUGAAGCGAAAGCUGUUGGGAGCUUGAGGAGUGAGAGAUUGGCUAAUCUGAUCGGAUGUUGCUUCGAAGGAGAAGAGAGAUUACUCGUUGCUGAGUUUAUGCCUCACGAAACGCUUGCAAAGCAUCUUUUUCACUGGGAGAAUCAUCCGAUGAAAUGGGCGAUGAGAUUAAGAGUUGCAAUGUGUUUAGCACAAGCAUUGGAAUACUGCAGUAAUAAAGGGAGAGCUUUGUAUCAUGAUCUUAAUGCUUACAGGGUUUUGUUUGACAAGGAUGGGAAUCCAAGGUUGUCUUGCUUUGGACUCAUGAAAAAUAGUCGAGAUGGGAAGAGUUAUAGCACAAACUUGGCUUUUACUCCUCCAGAGUAUUUGCGAACGGGUAGAGUUACACCAGAGAGUGUAGUAUUCAGUUUUGGAACCGUUUUGCUCGAUCUCAUGAGUGGAAAACAUAUUCCACCGAGCCAUGCGCUCGACUUAAUCAGGGGUAAGAACUGUGCAAUGUUAAUGGAUUCUGCUCUCGAGGGUCAUUUCUCAAAUGAAGACGGAACUGAUCUAGUACGCUUAGCCACACGUUGUCUGCAGUAUGAAGCUCGUGAAAGACCAAAUGUCAAAUCUCUUGUUACUUCACUUGCCACACUCCAGAAGGAAUCUGAUGUAGCUUCAUAUGUUCUUAUGGGUAUCCCCCAUGAAACAGAGGCUGAGGAAGAGCCUUCGCUUUCUUUGACACCCUUUGGUGAUGCAUGCUUAAGAGUGGAUCUUACAGCCAUACAUGAGAUACUUAAUAAGGUUGGAUACAAGGACGAUGAAGGAAUUGCCAAUGAGCUCUCCUUUCAAAUGUGGACCAACCAGAUGCAGGAAUCUCUCAAUUCGAAGAAGCAAGGCGACUUAUCUUUCCGUUCCAAAGAUUUUACAACCGCAGUCGAUUGCUACACUCAGUUCAUAGAAGGAGGAACAAUGGUAUCACCAACGGUUCACGCACGGCGCUGCUUGUCAUACCUGAUGAAUGAGAACGCACAAGAGGCUCUGACCGAUGCAUUGCAGGCACAGGUUGUGUCUCCAGAAUGGCCAACCGCUUUGUAUCUUCAAGCAGCUUGCUUGUUCAAGCUCGGUAUGGAAGCCGAUGCUCAGCAAGCUCUUAAGGACGGGACUACAUUGGAAGCUAAGAAGACUAACAAGCGCUACUAAAUAGCGUUUUCGAAAGCUUUGUAUAGGCUUAUUUUGUUCCUUCUCUCUAUCUCCAUCUAUAUGCACAUACACAUAUGUGGGUGUAUCUAUAUAUAUAUGCAUAUACUUUUGAUGCCUUCUUCUUCUUUGUAUUUAUUUUCCGAAUCAUGGUGAUGCUUGUGAUUUCUAGUGUGCCUCAUGGGAAGGUCUCUCUGAGAGAAUUUUUUCGAGCUUCGUCCAUUCAUCAA